ACCAGAGAGUCACUGCCGUGGACAACAGACAGAAACAGUAUGGCGUCAACGAGCCGUGGAGACUCUCUUCCCAAAGUGCAAUGCCCGAAUCACCCCGAUGCCCUGCUGGUGGAGGACUACAGGGCAGGAGACAUGAUCUGUCCUGAAUGUGGCCUUGUAGUAGGAGACCGUGUAAUUGAUGUGGGGUCAGAGUGGAGAACGUUCUCCAAUGAGAAGGCAACCAAAGAUCCGUCUCGUGUUGGCGAUGCUCAAAACCCUCUUCUCAAUGGAGGAGACCUCACUACCAUGAUCAGCAAGGGAACAGGUGCGGCAAGCUUUGAUGAGUUUGGAAAUUCCAAGUACCAGAAUCGGAGAACCAUGAGCAGCUCUGAUCGAGCCAUGCUCAAUGCCUUCAAAGAGAUCACCACCAUGGCUGACAGGAUCAACCUCCCCAGGAACAUUAUUGAUCGAACAAACAACUUGUUCAAACAGGUUUAUGAACAGAAGAGUCUGAAAGGCAGAAGUAAUGAUGCUAUUGCUUCAGCCUGCCUCUACAUCGCAUGCAGACAGGAGGGCGUCCCAAGAACAUUUAAAGAAAUCUGCGCAGUGUCUCGGAUCUCAAAGAAGGAGAUUGGUCGCUGCUUCAAGCUAAUCUUGAAGGCUCUGGAGACGAGUGUGGAUCUCAUCACAACUGGUGAUUUCAUGUCACGUUUCUGCUCCAACUUGGGUUUGCCUAAACAGGUGCAAAUGGCGGCCACUUACAUUGCCAGAAAGGCCGUGGAACUGGAUUUGGUUCCAGGUCGCAGUCCUAUCUCAGUGGCGGCCGCAGCCAUUUAUAUGGCAUCUCAAGCAUCUGCCGAGAAGAAGACACAGAAAGAGAUUGGAGACAUCGCUGGAGUGGCAGACGUGACCAUCCGCCAGUCCUACCGUCUCAUCUACCCUCGCGCCGCUGAUCUCUUUCCUCCCGACUUCAAGUUCGACACACCAGUGGAUAAACUGCCUCAGCUGUGAACACCACGUGCCCCUCGCUCACCCGCUCUUUGUACUUUCAGAAUUUUUGCCCUUCUCUCUUUGAAAUUCGCAACGUUUGCUCUUCCCUGCGAAGGCUGGAGUUUUUUAAAAAGACGACGGCAGGGAUUCAACAAAGUACAGAAGACACAUUCCAAGAUAAACGCAGUUUGCAGGCUGUACUUUCAUUUGUGUGUAUAUAUAUUGUACAUAUGUCCAAGUGAGAAUUCGAUUGGUGGUUGCGACUAGGCAUAUUUCUUACUGUAACAUUUUCUUUUGUAGGAAAUGAUUUUGUUAGCUUGUUUGGAUUCUAUUUAGUAACUUAAAUAAUAAAUGCUUUUCAGAAAAGCAUGGUGAACGUCUGGGAAACACCCCUAAGAAGGUUUACAGGUUUACCUUGAGAUUUGAAAGCGUGUAGCUCACAAAUGGUUUUAUUUCCCCCUCUCUUUUUUCGUUUCUUGAGGGGAAUAUGGUUUCUGUUAGUGUUUCUGUUCCUGUAUUUGCAGCUCAGUUGUUCUAAAAGAUUUCACGAAACACCACAGAAUCCUUUUUGAAGUGGCAAUAAACCAUUUACAAAGAGA